UUCAGAUUGGUAUGUGCGGGAGAGGCAGCCAUUUCGCCAUUACCGAGUGCGCCUUGUGACUGGAAAAAGCAGAAGGCAGAGAGGAGCUGAUCGGAAGAGUAAUCACCCAGCCGAAUCACAGAGACAGACCAGAGGGAAAGGAAAGGAGACGGAAGAAAAGGGGAGCCAAGAAGAGCAGCGGCGCAGGGACGGGACGCAGCACAGCAGUCCAGUGGGAGUCGCGCCUCGGGAGAGCUAAGAAGAUGAAUGGGACACUGGACCACCCGGACCAGCCAGACAUCGAUGCCAUCAAGAUGUUUGUGGGUCAAAUUCCACGCACCUGGUCUGAGAAGGAACUCCGAGAACUAUUUGAACCGUAUGGUCCUGUUUAUGAAAUUAAUGUUCUCAGAGACAGAAGUCAAAAUCCCCCACAGAGCAAAGGUUGUUGUUUUGUAACAUAUUAUACUCGUAAAGCAGCAUUAGAAGCACAAAAUGCUCUUCACAACAUGAAGAUACUUCCUGGGAUGCAUCACCCCAUUCAAAUGAAACCUGCAGACAGUGAAAAGAAUAAUGCUGUGGAAGAUAGAAAACUUUUUGUGGGAAUGAUUUCAAAGAAGUGUAAUGAGAAUGACAUCCGGCUUAUGUUUUCACCAUAUGGGCAGAUUGAAGAGUGCAGGAUAUUGAGGGGUCCUGAUGGCUUGAGUCGAGGUUGUGCAUUUGUGACCUUUACUGCAAGGCAGAUGGCCCAGUCUGCCAUUAAGGCAAUGCACCAAUCACAAACAAUGGAUGGCUGUUCUUCUCCAAUUGUUGUGAAGUUUGCUGACACACAAAAGGAUAAGGAACAGAAGCGAAUUGCACAACAGCUCCAGCAGCAAAUGCAGCAACUCAGUGCUGCCUCCAUGUGGGGAAACCUGGCUGGGCUAAAUACACUGGGGCCCCAAUACUUAGCACUUUAUUUACAGCUCCUGCAACAGACUGCAUCUUCUGGGAACCUGAAUGCACUCAGCAGCCUUCACCCAAUGUCAGGGUUAAAUGCCAUGCAGCUGCAGAAUCUGGCUGCUUUGGCAGCUGCUGCUAGUGCCACUCAGAACACCCCAAGUGGCACAAAUGCCCUGACAAACUCGAGCAGUCCUCUCAGUGUCCUCACCAGCUCAGGUACGGGACAGCAGGCUCAUUCCUCCUGGGAAACAUACAAGGCUGGCUCUUCUCCAAACUCAAGUGGAAGCUCUUCAGUGAACCCCAUGGCUUCGCUCGGAGCUCUACAGUCACUAGCAGGUGCAACGGCAGGGUUGAAUGUGGGUUCGUUAGCAGGGAUGGCGGCUCUAAAUGGAGGGCUAGGUGGGGGGGGCCUGUCGAAUGGGACGGGAAGUACAAUGGAAGCCCUGAGUCAGGCCUAUUCAGGCAUCCAGCAGUAUGCAGCUGCUGCCUUACCAUCGCUCUACAAUCAGAGCCUACUUACACAACAAAGCCUGGGAGCUGCUGGCAGCCAGAAAGAAGGUCCAGAGGGUGCAAACCUUUUUAUAUACCACCUACCACAGGAGUUUGGGGAUCAGGAUCUUCUGCAGAUGUUCAUGCCUUUUGGAAAUGUCAUCUCUGCCAAGGUCUUCAUUGACAAACAGACUAACCUCAGCAAGUGUUUUGGUUUUGUAAGUUAUGACAAUCCUGUCUCAUCCCAGGCUGCGAUUCAGUCGAUGAACGGUUUCCAGAUUGGCAUGAAACGCUUGAAAGUUCAACUGAAAAGAUCCAAAAAUGACAGCAAACCAUACUGAGCUUUCCUUUCAAAUGGACUUGGUUAGAAAUGUUCUCUGAGUUUUUAUGGACUUGCCCACAAGAACUUUUCUUGGAAUGUCGAGUGAGUAUGGGGAGUGAUUAUUGUCAUAUUUUAAAGUUUUUGGAAAACUUCAAACAUUUUGAGCGUGCAUAUCUAGAGUUAAGGUUAAGCCAGGAGUCUGAGUAAAACAAUGAAUUAGAUACUGAUUAUGUAAUUAGUCUAAGUGAAAACUUUCAGCCAUGUUUGCCCUUAGGAACCAAGUUUCCCCAACUACUGGGUUAGUGCUGCCUCCUCAAUAUCAAUGCAGAGGGUGAGUUUUUGACACUUUUGGUUCACAUAGAAUCACUGAGCAAGCAUGUAACUGGGCAUGGUCAGGUGAACUGGCCUAACAUCAGGCCCUUGUAUUUGUACAAGGACCUUCCAGGAUAACAUCAGCCUCUGUAAAAGUGUGUGCCAAAAGUGCUAUGUUUACAAUUUUGAAAGGGGCUAAUGAAAGUCCUGAUUAAAACUAGGGCUUGAAAUUGUGUCUGACUUAAUGUGUUUAAUUUUCCUGCAUAUAAAGGACUGACUUUUUAGUUUACUUUUAUGUUUUUUUUAGUUUUUUUUUUUUUUCUUUUUUUCAUUGUUCCUGAUUAUCCCCUGGAAGAAGGGGUUGUUACUGAAAUGACAUAUUCAUUUCGGUGUUUUUAUAGUUACAGUAAUUGCAUAGCUCUCUCUGUCUCUCAUCUGUAACAGAGACCAUUUGGGUGGUGGGUUUCUGCUAACACAUCUGCUUUCUCACUCUGUUUCUCUCUAGAGCUGAGACCAGAUAACAGUGUGUGUUCAGCUCUCAGGAUAUGCCACAGUAGCAUGUGGAACUGUCUAAUUGAAAGAAUCCUUAGGAGUGUUUGACCUAGGUUAAAACUGAGGGAAAGCCAAUAAUAGUGUUUGUCACUGAGGCACAAUCCUAUUGAAGAGAGAGAGACAGAGAGGGGCAGGCAGUCACAAUUAAUACAAUUUUACAAGAAAGUCUUCAUCGUCUGGAUAUGUUGUUCUGGGCAGACAUAGCAGCCUUUUGUCCCUCCCACUGCAGCACUGAGGUGAGGGUUAGGGUUCAAGCCAUGUUGUUCAAAUAUGAAGCUUCCAUUAUGCCUGCUAAUGGGUGCAGUGAGAGAAGGAAGCAUGGUCUUUGUCUAGCUCUGCUGCUUUCCAGCAUUGUCAUUUCAGGGGACAUGUAAGAAAAGUGCAGGAAAUCAGCAUGGCUGGUGGAGUGACCAUAUGUAUGUAUUUAUGUGUGUGUGUGUGUGUGUGUUUUUUUUCUGUGAUGUGUUCUCCAGUUUCAUCUUUUAGUGACGGAUCGCAUGUGCUGCCUCUCUCUGCCAUGUGUCUCAUUGGUGUCCAGUGUCAGAUGAAUGAUUGACUGCCCCAUGCAAAGAUGGUCAUUUAUGAUUUACUUUCUCCUCUCCUUUUUAGUUGUUGCUUUAACUAGCCUGUUCUCCCUUUUUUGUUUUGUUUUAUUCUAGAUCUCUCCGUGCCCGUUUGUUCAUCGUGUGCCUAGCAUGUCGAUGUGGCGUCAAAAGUUCAUCGUCCAGUCCUUGUCCUCUGAGCUUCUCUGAUGCUUGAAACUCUCACCUUUGACCUUGUGUUACCUUUUGACGCUUAUUAAUUAUACAAUUUUUUGUUUGUUUUUUCAUUUCUGUUGUUUGUGCUGCCAGUCAGUUGUGCUAGGAAGACUGCUGUGAUGAAAAAAGAUAAAAACUUGACUCAAUUUGAAGUUGCCAUUUGAAUAUUGUUAUGAGUGCGUCAGAGAAUCUAUUUUUCUAGGACUUGAAAUAACCACUAGAUUUUUGCAAAAGUAUUUUUUUGGCUUGAGUUGUGUGCGUUCUGGGUUCACUUGUGUUGCUCCCUACCUGAGCAGUCUUCCUAGCACAUCAUGUGUAGUUUUAUGUGUACAAGCAGCCAGCAGUUUGAUAAAUCUACUCUGUGUUUCUCUCUCUCUCUCUCUCUCUCUCUCUCUCUCUCUCUCUCUCGUUCCUCACCUUUUUGUUAGAAUGUCCGUCACAUUUUGCUGCGACUGAGGAUGACUUUGUACUUUUGUGCUUUAGGGUAGGUUGGCAUGAUGUGUUUGGGGAGUUCUGUGUUAAAUGAGUGGCACCAUUAUUGGCUAUUUUAAGUUGCCCCUUUCCAAAGCGUUUCCUGUCAUUUUGUGGCAUAUUUUUUUUAUUUCUUUUUUGUGUAUCUGCAUUUUUUUGUUUUCUGAAGUGAAAAUUCUUUAUAAAAUAAGAAAGAAUUGUAUUGUCACAAAUUGAGUUUUGUAUUAUCUUACAUGCAUGUUUUUGUUAACUGCACUGAAAUCCUCAGCAAAAUGUGAUUUUUGUUUUUAUUUUCUUUGUUUUUUUGUUUUUUUUUUUAAGAAUCAAAUAGUGCCAAAUGUUGUGCAUGUUGCCGUUGAUCACCAAUUCUUGUGUAUCUCUUUUUAUUUUUUUUACCCUCCUUUAUCUCUGGUGUAAAAACAUAAAAAAAUAAGUUUUGGUUUAAUAGUUCAGUCUUACUUGUCAAUUUGGCAGAUCACUCAGAGCCAUUAAUGGCCAUUUGAGUGAGUGCGUGUGAAUGUGCGGGAGACUGUGUCCUAAUCCUGUCUUUCAUUUGUUUUGUGAAAGGGAUCUUUUUGCAUCAGUGUUUACAAAUUCUAUAAGGUUUAGAGUCACUUCUACAGAAAAGGCAUCCCACACUAAAAAGGGCAUCAUGGGCCGAGACUGCCUUCCCAAAAGGCUUUUAGCCUGAAACCUUCUGCCCUCUCUCUCUCUCUUUCUGAAAGCGAAUAAUAUUGAAUUUACUUUUAGUUUUGGAUUUACUUUUAUUUUUUUCUUGAGUUUGGAAAAGAAAAAAUGUAAGUAUAUUCGUCCACAUAAUAGGUUAUUAGAGAAAAGAAGGCCCAUGCCCUGUCCCCUUUGUGACGGUGGAUGCUGCUGGUGGCAGUCCUACUCCUCAGAAUUUAGAUUAUGAACACUCCUCACCUGCGACCUGGUGGCUCGGACCACCCUGCCACUCCUUUUUUACUUGUCGGCUCACAGUGUUGCCAACCAGUUUUAUUUUCUCAUUUAGAGUUCCAACCCUUCACGUAGCUUUUGAAAACUUGUGGAAAAUGAUAGGGCACUUCCUGAUCCUGGGUUUAGCCUCCCACUUUCCUCUGCCUAGCUGCUUUUAUUUUAUUUUUUUCCUGAAUUCAUCUGAGAGAAACCUGUGGGAUUUUUUCUUUUUUUUUUUUGGUACCAAGUGAUUGUAUUUAACAUGAGGUUUUGUACAGUUUCGUUUUGUUUUUUGCCUUUUCUACUAGAAAAAACAUAUAAAAACUGUUUCACAAUGUGAACUGAAAAUGAGCUGAAAACCUUGUAGAAUUUGCCACUAUGACCAAACUUAACAGUCUGUACUGCAGUAAGAUUAUGAAUUUUUUGGAAUAAAAACUCUGUGAAGUCUUCAUUACUUCUAAUUAUUAAAAAAGAAAGCUUUUUUAUUUUUGAAAGUUGUUUGUGUGGUUUUGAUGUUAAACAAAAAGAAAAAAAAACUUUAAAAAAAAAAGUUGCUUUUUUUUGAGCGCAGUUUGUGUAGUUACAAAUUUGAACAAGCGAGCCUUGGUUUACGGGGUUUCUUACUUUUUUGUCUUGACUGGGGUACUGAGCUGUUUUAAUUGCACACGCAGCAGGCACUUGUUUUGUAUGCCACGUGUGCUGCCAAUUCUUGUUAUUUACAAUUAAACUGUUUGAGAAGAUC